AUGCCCGACCGACCUCCGCCACCAAUAGAAAGGUUCGAUGGCACCUCAGACCCGGAACACCACAUCAGAAACUUCAUGGAAUCUAUGGCUUUCUACUCCAGAAGUGAUCCAGUCAAAUGUAGGGCUUUUUCCCUAUCUUUGAAGGGUGAAGCACUAGAAUGGUACUAUACCCUUCCCCCUAAUUCAGUAGACUGCUUUCACACUGUCACCACCUUGUUCAGAAAACAAUAUGCGAUCAACCGAAGGCAGGAGGUGACCUCGACGAAACUUGUUAACCUCAAACAAGAAAAGGACGAGACACUUAGAGCAUUCAUGCAGAGAUACAACGAGGCAGCGAAACGAGUGAAGGGUGUCAAUCAUACAUUCAUCAUCAACAAUCUGCCUAAUUGCUUGAGACCGGGCUACGUCUCAGAAUACCUAUAUGCCAAACAACUCAAUUCGAUGGAGGAACUUCAGGAAAGAAUGACUAAGUUCAUUCGAAUGAAGGAUAUGCAAAUCUCACAAAGAAAGCAACAACGAGAAGCUGAUAUAGGCGGAAAGAGAAAGGACAACAACCAAACGUUCAGCAGUUGCGACAAGGGAGGAGGCUCUUGA